GGCACUUUCUCCAGAGCAUUAGUUUGAUGGCAGAGAUCGCACACUGAAGGAUAACGUCUCUUCAAAGAUGAUGGAAAUUAUAUCAACAGCCUCUGCCACCAUAGUUGCUGGUUGGCUUGUACUUUUCAUGGGCGUGAACUCGGUCGAAAUGUCACUGGUGGAGUUCCCCAAUGAAAGCACAGAUGCCAUGACUCCACACCCUUUAACCGCAGUUAUCAUGGAUCUUAGAAUCACUAACCGGACUUACAGUGACUCACUGGCUGACCAGCAAUCAGUAGAGUAUACAAUACUCAGGCGAGAGGUGGAGGAACUGUUGAAUGAGAUCUAUGACCCCACUCUUCUGACAUAUUUGGGGACGAAUGAGAUGACCUUCAGUUUUGGGUCUGUGGUCGCCAACUCUCGAUUGUUGUUUGGGACGGCCAUGCUUAAUCCAGUGCUUGUGAGAAGCAUUUUUCUGUCUGCGUACAAGCAAAUUCCAUCCGCAACAUUAGAGAUUGACCUCGGCUACUUUGAAAAUGAACUACCAGUUCAAGAACCAUUAGAAGAACAGGAGCCCACCAGCAGACCACCAUCAACACCACAGACAGAAAAACCCAUGGCCAUGCCCCUCACUUCCACUCCUGACAUCAUAACAGAUGCUGCAUCCCUCACCAGUCGCCAUCCAAUCACAUACACACCCAACAUGAACACCUCCUUUCUGUUGAGCUCCAGUGCUGAUGUCAAAAACACCACACACUCUUUCCUCUCCUCCAUCACUCCGAGCCCCACCUCAACACGCCUUAACAACACCACAAUGCACCCAAACACCACUCACUUACCAAUGAGCAAUACAAGCUUCAUCUUUGCAGCCCAGAAUGACACCACCGCUUCAACUCCCAAUGAAAGCACCUCUGCAGCCUUCAAAAGAUCCACCAAUGCAGCCCCAAAUGGCACCAUCAUUGCAGCCCCCUAUGACAUCACCACUGCAUCCUUUAACAGCACCAUCACUGCAGCCCCCAAUGACACCACCAUUGCAGCUCCCAAUUACAUCACCACUGCAUCCUUUAACAGCACCACCACUGCAGCCCCAAAUGGCACCACCAUUGCAGCUCCCAAUGACAUCACCACUGCAUCCUUUAACAGCAACACUACUGCAGCCACAAAUGGCAUCACCAUUGCAGCUCCCAAUGACAUCACCACUGCAUCCUUUAACAGCACCACCAUUGGAGCUCCCAAUGAUAUCACCACUGCAUCCUUUAACAGCACCACCACUGCAGCCCCAAAUGGCACCACCAUUGCAGCUCCCAAUGACAUCACCACUGCAUCCUUUAACAGCAACACUACUGCAGCCACAAAUGGCAUCACCACUGCAUCCUUUAACAGCACCGCCACUGCAGCCCCAAAUGGAACCACCAUUGCAUUCCAUAACAGCACUACAACUGCAGAUCCCAAUGGCACCACCACUGCACUUGGCAGCACCCUUCCCUCAAUCGACAGCACAACUGAUAUGAACUCUACAGUCAAGACCACUCCAUUUACAACAACACAACCUCCAAAUACCAUAACUGUGAGCCAAUCACCUACCACAGCCACUGCUCUGAUGCCUGGCUGGGUCAUCGCCCUCUUUGUGGUGGCGGCUGUCAGUCUCUUCCUCCUCAUCAUCCUCCUCAUCGUUGUGGUGGUGCUCUGGUGCAAUAAACCGAAACAAAGAGGUUUCGUGAAUGAACCUGAUGAGUCAAAUCCCCCCAUGUACUUCAAUCCAGAUAUCCCCAUGUACUCAACGCACAGCACAUUCCAUACAGCCAAUGGCAAACAAGCGGAUGUCAGAGAAAAACCUCCGAAAAACCGAACAGGAAUGUACGUGGUGAACAAAUGAAGGACACAGGUUCUCUGCCUCCUGCACCAUCAACCCUCCUGUGUGUGAAGUUUUGUUGAAAGAAAAUUAAACCAGCACUGCUUUGCAGUAUGCUGAAUGGAGUAGGAUUCAUGAAUACGGAUUUAUAUGCCAUUAAAUACACUCUUUAAAAUGUAUUUUCCUAAACUUUGAACAAGACCUCAGUGUACUUUGAAGCUAUAUAAAUGUUUCUUGUACGAAUGGAUUGAAUGAUGACAAUAAUGUGGUGUAAAAACAAUGAUUUAG